AUGAAAAAUUUCACUGGAAAGGAAACUAGCCAUCUACCAAAGCCUUUUUAUUUGAAUGCAGAAGAUAUUUUUGAAGCAGAAUCUUCAGAAUUCAGAUGUGGGAACUGUAGCCUACAAUUUUCAAGUCUUUUAGAAUUAAGUAUUCAUCAAUACUCCGAUAAAAAUCAUGAAGGAAUGGUGGAUUCAGGCAUAUUAUUCCUGACUGCAUACAAUAUAAAUGUGCAGCUUUAUAAUGAUGCAAGCCAAUUGCUUAUGAGUAGAUGUGACCCACAAGCAAAUAUUGGUGAUGAGUACUGCUGUAAGUAUUGCAAUAAAAACUUUGUUUCAUUUAAAGGUAUUCAGCAGCACAUUGGUAAAAUGCAUCAAAUCUCACCUAGGGAGGUAAAAUGCGAUAUUUGUUUAAAGAGUUUUAAAAACAAAAACGCAUUGAAAUUCCAUCAUCAUCAAGUGCAUGAAAAAUCGACAAGGGUUUUAUGCGAGUUUUGCCACAAAUUAUUUUACAAUAAAUAUGCGCUAGCUGCUCAUAUAAACACAUGCAUUGGCAAGAAAGAAAGCCAAGAUACAUAG